AUGAGUGUUUACUUGACAGCGGCACGAGUAUUGAAGGAAGCACUUUUAAAGAAGGGAACGUUGAAAACAUUGGUGUAUUCAAGUUCUGAAAAGGAUAAAAGAAAAUUGUUCGCGUUGGUUUGUGAAACCCUUAAACAUCAGAAGAUUUUAACGCUGAUCUUGGAAGAUACAGAAUUAUUAACAUUGUAUGGCUGGAACGAAGAAACGUCCAAUCAGCUAUAUCUUGCUAUCACUCUACUCUAUGAUUUCCUGUAUGGUAAAGGUCUUGGAAAAGCUGGCAGAAUUAGGUCUUUGAUAACGAAACAUAAAAGAGUGGUUUUAUCAUCGUUCAACAAGUUGAAAGAAAAUAAUGAAAUACCAGAAGCUAAAAAGACAAAGAACUCAGUUUGUCUACCUAGAUAUAUCAGAGUCAAUACGCUAAAAUCAACAAAAGAAGAAAUAGUGGAAAGAUUUCAAAAUGAAGGCUGGAUAUUACGAAAUGAUCUCAUUGACUCAGAUAACUAUUACGAGGCACUGAAGAAUUUAAAUGAAGAAGAAUUUGUAGAAGAUCCUGAUAUUCCAAAUCUCUUGGUGUUUCCUCCAAGAACUGACUUCCAUUCUCAUUAUUUAAACCAGUCUGGUGCCAUUAUACUUCAAGAUAAAGCUAGCUGUUUUCCUGCGUAUGUUUUGAACCCAGUAGAAGGGAGUAAGGUGAUAGAUAGUUGUGCUGCACCAGGCAAUAAAACAACACAUCUGGCUGCCAUUAUGAAUAACACAGGGAGCAUCUCAGCAUUUGAUUUGAGUAAAGAGAGAAUAAAGACAUUAGAAGAAUUUAUAGAGAAAGCUGGUGUAGAGAAUACAACUAUUAGAUGUAAUGACUUUAUGAAGAUAAACCCUAGUAUCAAGGGCUGUGAAGAUGUAGAAUAUAUUCUAGUUGAUCCUUCUUGUAGUGGCUCUGGUAUUGCUGAACGAAGAAAUGACCUAACAGACGACGAUCAUUCAAUUACCAAAAAGAGGCUGCGUAAAUUGAGUAACUUUCAAUCCUUGUUGUUACAACACGCUCUCACGUUUCAUUCGGUACAUCGUGUUGUUUAUUCAACGUGUUCCAUUCACGAAGAGGAAAAUGAAAGAGUGGUGGAUGAAGUUUUGAGAAAAUUUGGCGACAGCUUUGAAUUGGAAAAUAUUUUGCCGGAAUGGAAAGAACGAGGAAAGGAGGGUUACGAUUGUUCUGAUUUUUGUAUCCGUCUGAAUACAGCUAAUCACAUGACUAAUGGCUUCUUUUUAGCCAGUUUCGUUUCUAGAAAUUUCCAAUCUGAUUAUUCAUGCACUGAACAGAAAUCUCGGAAAGAUGCCAAGGAAUGUAUUGAAAAUAUAAAUGAACAAUCAGAACCCUGUGAGUUAGAAAAUGGCCACAUUGAUGAAGAAAUGACUUCUGCCCGCAAAAAAUCAAAGAAAAAGAAAAAAAGCAAAGAAAGGAAUAGAGAUUCAUCAGAAAGGGAUUUGGAAAAUGGCGGAGAAUUUUGUGAAAAUCAGGAAGCAGACGUCAAGUUGAAAAAACAUAAAAAGAAGAAAAAUAAACACAAUGAGCAAAAUUUGAGUGAAAAUGAAAUUGAGGAUAAGUCUGAAAGAAAAUUGUCAAAAAGAAAGAAAAAGAAAGACACAAACUUAUGUGAGAGUGACAUUUUGGAAACAUCCGAAAAUGAAAAGCCCAAAAAAAGGAAAAAGAAAAGAAAGCAUAGUGCUGAAACAGAGUUAUCGGAUGAAAGCUCCGUCGAGGAAGAGGUCGUUAAACCAAAAAAGAAAAAGUUGAAAGAUAAAGACAGUGAAAUUAAAACAACAAAUUGUAAGAAAAAGAAAAAACAUAAAAAGAAACAUGAGGGUUCAGAUGAUUAA